CAAAGUCGAUCCUUUCAUGAGUGCGUGCCUCCGUCGUCCAUCAUGGACAGCUUAAAAAUCGAACCGAAUAUACCACCGAAUGUCUUUCCCAAGCUCACUACUGCGACCGUCAUCGGAAUCUCAGUCGCAAUAACCGGAAACAUCCUUAUAUCCCUGUCUCUCAAUAUUCAGAAAUUGGCGCAUAAACGUUUGGAUGCAAAGGAGUUGGCACUGUUGUCAAACGGACACCCCGAUUCCAACCCCAGGCGGGUGGACACGAUGUACGAAGCGGAAGGGGAGGAAGGUGGAGAUACAUUGGACGACUCGGACGGAUCCUCAAUCACGCCUCGUGCAAGCACCAGCGCUGUAGACGCCGAAUCUCAACCUCUCAUCCUGUUUCCUCGUGCAGAAGUGCAAUAUGGCUCUACUGCCCAUCACAGCGACAUAAGGACCGGAAGAUCAUCCAUAUCACCUUUAUCGCCGUCGAGAAAGGGAGCUCCCACAACCGAUACCCUUCCCGUGAUGCCUGUGGAGGUCGUCUCAGAACAAACAUUUAUCAAUGGUAUAGCAAACGGUCAGAAGGGAAAUGAAGCUCCCCUCGAACCCGGUAACGGAAAUCGGAACGAAAGUGAAUACCUCAAAAGCAAAUUAUGGUGGACAGGGUUUCUGUUGAUGAACGUUGGGGAAAUGGGGAAUUUUAUAUCAUACGCUUGGGCACCGGCAUCGGUUGUUGCUCCCUUGGGCACAUUCGCACUCGUAGCAAAUUGUUUCUUCGCCCCUCUCAUCUUGAAGGAACGGUUUCGCAAACGCGAUCUUUUGGGUGUCCUGAUAGCAAUCAUCGGCGCAGUGACCGUGGUUCUCGCCUCCAGUUCAUCCAGCGGAAGGCUCAAUCCGGAUGAAUUGGUCAAGGCCAUUUCAACGAUCCCUUUUAUCGUGUAUUCUUGUGUUUAUGCUGUUGGAAUCUCUGUACUCUCCGUAUUAUCAGAGGGUAGUGUGGGGCAACAGUACGUAUUAGUUGAUGUAGGGUUAUGUGCACUUUUCGGUGGAUUUACUGUGUUGUCAACAAAGGCUGUUUCCACAUUGCUGACAAUGCAGUGGUCCCAGGUCUUUACUAAAUUCAUCAUGUAUCCUGUCAUGUUGGUCCUCCUUUUAACUGGCAUUGGUCAGAUACGAUAUUUGAACAGGGCCCUGAUGCGCUUUGACAGUAAGAUUGUCAUUCCAAUCCAAUUCGUUCUUUUCAACCUUUCCGCGAUCGUGGGUUCAGCUAUUCUAUACGGCGACUUCAGGAAGGCCACCUUCCACCAGGUCGUCACAUUCUUGUAUGGAUGUGGCGCUACGUUUCUAGGUGUUUUCAUCAUUUCUUGGGCCCCAGAAUCCAAGAAUGAUUGUGAGGACGAUGCGGAAAACGCAGAGGAAGAUGACUCUCCAAUCUCACAUGAUCUUCAUGCAAACAUGCAGAUAGGUUCGGGCUCGUUAGGCCGUAGAAAGGUCGCGACAUUGGUCCUACCCAGUGGGAUCAAUCAACGCCACGUCCUGCGACAUAAACGUAGUUCUCCGAGUGUUAUGGGCAUUUCCCCUGCCCAGCCUCUUCUGUUGGUCCACACGCCACCAAGGGAAAUUCCACUCCGAGACGUCGAGCGAGCUAUCGAUCGUAACGUUGUGACGCCGGAUUCCGUAGGCAGGCAGCGCGCCAUGAGCUGGUUCGGAGACCAUUCACAUCAUCGGAGAGCACUCGUCAGUCCUCAACGCGGAGGAAAUGGUAGGGCAACCAGAGAUAGUAGCGUUAGCAGGGUUAACGUCAGCGGCUCUCGGAAUCUAGACUAAAAUAUUUAUGACAUCUGGUACAUCAUAGUGCCAUUGAUUUCAGGUCUAUCUCCCUCCCUUGCAUAAGUUGUAUCACUACAAAAAUGUUCUGAGGUACUCGGUCAAAGCCAAAAGUGCGAGACU